UCUUUUUUUUUUUCUGAGCAGCCGAGACCAACAGAAAUGCCAUUGCUUGGGACGGCGCCGCAGCCGCCUCAGCCACUGUCGUCGUCCUUCUCGUCGGGCGCAGCAGCGGCAUCAAGUGGCAGUACUAUCAGUAAUAGUCUCAGUGGUAGCAAUAGUCUCAGUGGUGGCGGAUUGAGCCAGACCUCCAGCUCCAGCUCCAGCACCAAUACCAAUACGCAGCUGCUUCCAGUCGUCCACCCCGGCGCAGUCCACGCCCAGCUGAUCAAGCACUCCACCGGCUCCCGAUUGCUCAGCGUCAAUCCCAUUGACGAGCCAGAGCCGUUCGACGUCGAGCUCGAAGGCCAUUUUCGGCAGCUGUCCGAGCACGUCGCCGCUGCGCCCGAGCACCGUCCGCUCUCUGCCGUGCUCUUCGAAAUGGUGUCCGCGACGCCGCACGCGCACAAUAACGUCGUGUCAGCGCUGUGCUAUGGCAUGCUCACGGGUCUCACGCUGGGGAAACCGCUGCCACAGAUAGUCGUCGGCGUUCAUCCGCCACUCAACCCUAGUGAAUCGGCGGCACUGUCAGAGCUGUCGCUAUUGUAUUUGCGGCAAUUGCGCGACGUUGUUCGGGACAACUUUAUCUUUCUCGUGUCCCUGCUGGAUCGGCUGUGCGGCACGUUCGCCCAUCGCUUGCUGGACAGCGUUCGCCCGCAGGUGGUGGCUCUUGUCGACCAUUUGAUCGUAUCACGCGUUCAGGGUGCCGAGAACCUGGUGCCUCUCCUUUUGCGCCAAAUCCGCUCGGGCGACGUGUCGGCGAGCAACACACACUUUGCCUCCCUAGUGCUCGAUACGCUCAUCCAGCCCCAUUUGCAGUGGGUGUACUUGUACCCCGCUCUGGUCUCGCAGAUUUUCUACACGUAUUUGCGGUUGAUUGCCGAUCACGCGCGUGUUGCGCCGCAGCUGGAUCGGCUUCGGCAAAGAGAGACCGAGUUCUGCCUCACGCUGUGGCGCGAGCGCUUUGUCGAUUGCUCGGCAAUCGGCCGCGAUGUGCUACGCGCGCUCCAGCUUGUCGGCAAUCUGCCCGAAUUUGCGAGUCUGUGGACAGACCUGAUCCACCGCCCAACCACGCUCAACGCCCACUUUCCAGGCGUGAAGCAAAUCCUUCGAACCGACACCCGCGCGCGGUUUCUAGUAGGCCGCACCACUCUCGACCUCGAGUCCAAGCUGCGCUUCCUGCUGACCACGGUCAAGCACGGCGAGCUGCGCCGCUAUUAUCAGUGGUUUGCGAAAAAGUACCUGGAAGCGCCAGAGUCCGAGGCCAUGCUGCCUGAUCUGAUUCGCUACGUGUGCUGCGCCUACCAUCCGACCAACGAGGUCCUGGCCUCGGAUGUGGCGCCACGUUGGAUGACCAUCUCGUGGCUCAUGUGGCGAGCAAAGUCUCCGACCGCCAUGGCGGACGUCAGGCUGGCCCUGUUCUACGACUGGAUGUUUUUCGAUCCGGCUCGAUCAAACAUUAUGAAUAUCGAGCCCGGCAUUCUAUUAAUUCAACACAUGCUCAAUAUGAAUGGCACGUUUGCCGCUUCGCUGCUCGAGUUUGUCUGCUUGAUUGCGACCGAGUUUGUCCCGUCGCUCUCCAGCUCGAUUACAACGAGCUUGCGCGCAGCCUUCUACACGUGCGUCAGCAAGCGCGUCAUCCCGUCGCUUUCUGCCAUCGUCAACCACACGAGUAUUGACGAGCCGCUGCGGGACAAGUUUAACACGACAUUUCCAGGGUUGCUGGCCGAAUGUGGUGGCUCGGGGAAAUCGCGACGGCCUUCUGCGACCGAUAAUGGAUUGCGCGGAACUGCAGACGCUGGACCUGCAGGCACGGCGGGUGGUAGUAAUACCGGGAGCGAUGGCGGGCGGAUUAGCCCAAGUUCUCGUGCUCCUGUUCCUGCUGUUGCUGUUCCCUCUGUUGUUACUGCUGCUCCCUCUGCUGUUACUGCUGCUGCUGCUGCUGCUGCUGCUGCUGCUGCUGCUGCUGCUUCGACCGCUGCUUUGCCGAGCGUUGCUGUUGGCGCUAAAUCUCCUGCGUCUGAUUCUCAGGACGAGCCGAUAGGUGUGGAUCCGCCCGCCAUCGCAGACUCCAUGACUGAUCUCGUUUCGCCGACUCCCGGCGAGGACACGGUGACCGGCAUGGACAUUGUUGAUGAAAAGGAGCCAGAACAAGUGACCGACGACCAGAUUGCGGAUAUUUUGCAUGUGAGCGUGGCAGAUCUUGUGCGCGCGCCAGCGUCCGAGGCCGCGGCCAACGCCGUAGUGCGCAUUGCAGAGUGCCUAAACUCGCCAGCCGCAACGCCUCCAACUAUCUUUACGUACGAAUCGGGCAUCGGAGAGGCGCUUGAGAAUGCCCUUCCUCUGUCGUUGGUCGCGUCGACAGGCUCGCCAGCUGCGCUACUCGGGUGGUAUGGCGCACUUUUUGCUCUUGUGGACACGCUCGAGGGAACGCAGCGAUCGGUCGCCUGGAAGUUCCUGUUGCAGCAUCUUCGAGGCCCGGUACCGUCGGUGUCGUACAUGGCAUGGCUGUAUGCAUUUGCACGUCAAGAUCACGUCAUCUACGAGCUGUACGACACUGUGCUGGCAGCAACACACUCGAGCGGAGAUGAGGAGGAACGGCGGUUGACUUUUUGCGCCGACUGCAUCGUUGCUCAAGACACGUCCGUCCACUUGUUCUUUUUCAUUGUCACUUCUGUGGCCUUUCGAUCUCGACUCGCCGACCUCGCGCGCGGCAACACGGCGCUAUUACAUGCUGCUGUUGGCAUUCUGGACGCCUCACAGCUCUAUCGAAUGGUGUGCGAUGUCUCGCUCCAGCGGUACACGCUGGGCUGGACUGUGCAAACGAUGGUCGAGACUGCCGACUGGGAAACGUUCGAACAGCAGGCUGUAUGGCAGCUUGUUGUUGCAGAGAUUGCCAGUCCAUUGUGUGGUCGUACGCACGGGCAGGCAGCGUCUGAAUUUGUGCAAGGUGUGCUGGAUGCGCUCCGCAUGUCAGAGUCGUGCCCAGAAGCGCUGACCGGGUUGCUGCCUCUGAUUUGCAAUCUUGCUCCGACGCCCGAGCUCGUGGCCGCCGCGCUGCAGCUGUCUUCGCGGGAUGCGCACGACUUUGUGCGUCUGGUUUUGAACACUUGGGUGCUGCGUCAUCGACCAGAGCUGUUGAACAGUGUGCAGACCUUUAUGGAUCGAGUUCAAGCCGUGUCCAGCGAUGACACGACGCAGCAACAGCGUGCAACCACUGGUGUCCGCCAACUUCUUCACGCCAUCGAGGCGAAUGAAAGGGCCGCGAGCACGCCAUCCAGUCAUCGUGCUCGGUCGCGCGACGCUUCUUCGUCGUCGUCAUCAUCAGCCGCGUCCUCGCACGAGCUGCAUGAGGCUGCAGUCGCUGCUCGAGCAGCGUUGCUCUUUCCCCGCAGUCGCCUUGACGCCGUUGAGGGCAUGCUUGCCUACGCUGGUCUCGACGCCGAGACCGUUGCCAGCACCUUCCCAAAGUGCGCGAGCUACAUUGACGGCAUGCGCAAGCGCCGGCCUCACAGUGAUGACGAUGAAGCUACCGACCGCCAGAUCAAGCGUGCACGGGAGUGAUGUGGUUUUCGUUUCGGUCAUUUUUGACCAGCGUUGUGUUAUUAUGAUUUCAAUACAAGGGUUGUUCAACCGCACCA